CCAGAGUCUGACAUUCCCAGCACCAGACAAAGGCCUGUUGAUCUUUGACCCCCGCCUCUCCCAAAGCCUUGGCCCUGCCUUCCUCCCUCCCUCCUUUCUUCCCUGUGGGCCUCCUGUUCUCUGUCUCUUCACUUCCCUGGCACCCUUGCUCUGACUGGCAAUUUUUCCCAGCAUCUUGCCCAGGCUAAUCCUUCCAUGCUGUCUUCAAGCCCAGCUUCCUGCACAUCUCCCAACCCUGACAGGGAGAACCCAAGUAAGAAGGUCCAGUGGGCUUCUGGGAGGAGAAGGACGUCAUCCACAGACUCAGACUCAAAGUCUUACGCUGACCCCUCCAAAGUGUCCAGAUCCCGGAGACCCAGCCGGCUGACAGUGAAGUACGACCGGGGGCAGCUCCAGCGCUGGCUGGAGAUGGAGCAGUGGGUGGAUUCCAAGGUUCAGGAGCUCUUCCAGGAUCAACCAACUCCUUCUGAGCCUGAGAUUGACCUGGAGGCUCUCAUGGAACUGCCCACAGAAGAGCAGAAGACUCAGUUGGAGGCUAUUCUCCGAGACUGUACCCGCCCCACAGAGCCUUUUAUCUCUGAGCUACUCAAUCAACUCAAGAAACUCCGGAGACUCAGUCGGCCUCAGAAAUAAACCUCAGCACUGCCAGGCCUGCCA